GCUGAGCCCCAUGCACCAAGGGGUUUAAAAGUACUACAGGGACAGACAGCACACCAUUGCUUGCAUGCAUGGCGGCAUGGAGUCCAAAGCUUUGACCAAUGGUGUGUGUGUGUACGUGUGCGAGCCUCUGAACCUGAACUAACCCCCCCCCCCUUUAAAACAUCUCUGCAUGCCAGCCUUUCCAAUUUGUUCUCCUCUCCUUUCCCUUUCAGACUUCAGUGUUGAGUCAGUCAGUCGGUCGUAUUCACGCUACCUUCUUUCAGAGGCCGGUUCGCAGCAGGCAGAGGUAGCAACAGGGCAGUUAUGCGGCGGCAGUUGAAGUGCGUCGUCCUGCUGAGCCUCCUCCUGGCGGCGCUCAGCCCCGUCGUCGUCGUCGUCGCCACCGCGCGCAGAGAGCUGCCGCUAAUGGCGGCCACCGGCGACGAAGGGCGGCAAGACGUGAGCAGCUCAUCAGGAACUGCGACGGCAGAGGGAGGGGCGGAGGUGGUGAUCGUCAGGAGGAGGGACGAGGAGGCGGUGAAGAACAGCAGGCGCCGUUUCAGAAGAACCAGCAGCAGCAGCAGCAGCGGGAAGCAGAUGCCUGCUGCUUCGCCGCAGUUCAACUUCGGUGGUGGCCGGAUACCCUUCACCGCCGACUACCACUCCGUCCACAGGCACCCGCCCACGCACAACUAGAACUGGCAGGUAGCUAGCACGCCAGCCUCCUUCCUGUUCAGCAACUAAUAACCGCCGUAAGGAGUUCUCCUACCUGUCUUCGUCAAAGAAAAGAAAAGGAAAAAAAGAGUUCUCCUGUCUGUCUCUGAAUAUUACUGAAUAGUAGCACCAGUUUAUUAGUUUUUUAUAGCUUUUAUUUUUAGGUUUGGAUCUUUAGUAGUAGUGGCAUAUAUACUACGUGUGGAAGCUGUAUUUUACUCUAAAUUUUUUUAGGUUUAGUUACUUCUUUAAUUAGCAACGAUAUAUAGCUAGUAUAAUAGGUACGCAAGCUGUAUUGUAUAUGUUGGGGCCAUUUUGUCUGAACAUGUAGUCAUCAGUGUGAGCUCUCGUCAGAGGGACAGCAGGGACCAUUGCUGAUGAUGGAUGGAUGUUCUCUUCGGCUUCCCUCAUCUUCUGUAUGUGUGUACUGACAAGUGGGGUUUAUGACACCAUGCUCUCUUGUUCUCUCUAGCUAGCUCAUGGUCGCGUUGUUGUUAAUUAUAUGUCGACUUUACAUGCAAUUUGCACAUACUAUUUGUGAAUGAUGUGAAGAUUAUUCUUUGCUGCCGUCUAUAUGUUGAUGCCGAUGCCUGCCUUCAUGUUCUUGACACCGACUGCUGGCCAGUUUAGCAAUACGGUAUAUAGUCCCACACACAGACAGGACACGUCUCCUCGUGAGACGUCAGGCCUGAAUAAACAUGGGGGACAUUGGCAAUACGGUAUAUUGCUACUCGAAUUUGGACGGUUUGGAAGGUGACAAGUAGUGGGGGUAAGCUUCGAUGCUGUGCUCGUGGUGGUUGUGGAACCCAUCCAUGUCUUCCUUCGCUCCACCUGUUAUUGUGUUGUCUUUGUCUCUUACCUGCGAAGGCCGGCGCAGGAUCUAUCGGUAGAAUCGGCAACACAACGCUUUCGCGGACUUGCCCUUCACCUUUCCUUGUAUUCAUGUAACGGCCGGUGUGAUCCAGUUCCAUGAAUGGCACAAUGAGAACGUCCCUAGCUACACAAUUUGAAUAGCUAAGUUCCAAACUGAGUGGUUUUGAGUUUUCACAUACGUUACGACAAAAAUUAUGUAUCUAGCUGGAACGAUUUAUUACAAUUUAAAAU